AUGCAGAACGAGUUUUGUCUGAACUUCACCGGCGACGUCAUGCUCGGCCGGCUUAUCGACCAGCUCUUCCCGACACACGUCGACAACGCCGAAGACCAAGCACACGCCGAGUCAUUCGUCGCACGAUUUCCACACUUGCAGUCGUACUCACCCAGCAGCCCCUGGGGCUCGACACUGCCACUGUUCGCCGAGUCGCACCUCAACCUGAUCAACCUAGAGACGGCAGUGACGACAAACCCGGAGGCGUGGCCGGGCAAGACCUUCAACUAUCGCAUGCACCCGGCCAAUGCCUCUGCUACUCUGGUUGCAGCACAUAUCGACUUUGCCAGUUUGGCGAAUAACCACACGCUCGACUUUGGCACCGAGGGGCUUGUCGAGACCGCGUGGACGCUGAAGAACGAUAGCCGCGAGACCGCCGCGCGAGUGGGCAUUGCAGGUGCCGGCGAAACCACGCAAGAGGCGAUAUCGCCAGCCACGCUGGAAUUACCCAGGAGCAAGAGUCAGGGGGGCGUCAAGCAAGGCGGUCGACCGACUGCGCUGUCGGCGGAUGACCAGAAGGAGCGUUGCGAGAAGCAUAUCGUGCAUGUCUAUGCGGCGAGCGACCACCCGUUGAUGUGGAACGAUGUGCCGAUGUUUCAUCUGAUUGAUUAUUCGGACAAGACAAAGGCGCAUCUCAAACGUGUCGUUGAGAAAUACUCGUCUUCUGUACCAACUUCAGCCCCGUCUUCGUCGACAUCGAGACUAGACAGUGUAUCCAAUGAGUCGUCACCACCAUCACUGAAGAUAUUCUCUAUCCACUGGGGACCAAACUACUCAUGGCACCCCGCGGAUAAGAUCCGCUCAAUGGCGCAUUUUCUGAUCUUUGACUGUGGUAUAGAUAUCGUCCACGGCCAUUCGUCGCAUCAUAUCCAGGGCGUGGAAUGCCCGGCUCCUGGGAAGCUGAUCAUCUACGGCUGCGGCGACUUUGUAGAUGACUAUGCGACUAAUGAAAAAUACCGUAAUGAUCUCGGUGCCGUUUAUCGAGUUAUCGUGCGCGAGGAGAGUCGAGAAGGAAAUAAUGACACCGGGCCUACUAAUGCUCUUCUCACACCCGUCCGAUUAGAAAUAUUCCCGACGAGUAUAAAGCUGUUUCAGGCUCAUUUAUUGAGCAACACCAAGGACAAGGACCAUAAAUGGGUCUGUGAGCGAAUAAGAACGCUGACGGGGGAAUUGGCCAAGUCUGGGCAUAGCAGCUGGGCUGGUAAGAGGAAUCUUAUUAGGUCAGAUCUUGGGAAGAGAGGUCAGAUUAUCAUGGACUUGAUUUGA